CAUCGGGAUCGUCAUCAUCGGUGUUAAAUGAUAAGCUCUCCUCUCGUUCUCAAACGAAUCUGGGAUUCUUAUGGAAAAGUCGAAAAAAAUCACAAAGAAGACGAGUGGGAUGAAACGUCACGAGCUCAGCUUAUGCUGGCGAAGCAAGCUUUGCUACGGUGUUGGUCAUAUUUUAAACGAUCUAUGUGCUAAUGUAUGGUUUUCCUACUUGAUUAUUUAUAUGCAAUUCGUUGUGCAGUUGAGUGCAACUUCAGCUGGUUUUUUGUUGUUGAUGGGACAGAUUGCAGACGGUAUAGCAACACCAUUAGUUGGUAUUGAAUCGGACAGAACCAGACCUUUAAAAUAUGGCCGCAGGAAGCUGUGGCAUUUGAUCGGAGUGUGCUGCGUCUCAAUCAGUUUUCCUUUUAUAUUUAUCAAAUGUUUCGGAUGUACACGCAAUAGCGAAGACUACGCCAAAGUUAUAUAUUACGUUCCUUUUAUUGUCAUAUUUCAAUUUGGCUGGGCGACUACCCAGAUCGCGCAUCUUUCAUUGAUACCAGAGCUUAGCGAAUGUGAAGUUGAAAAAGUGACUUUAAAUGCUCUUAGGUAUGCAGGUACAGUUUGUUCUGGAAUCAUUGUAUACCUUGUCUUCUGGUAUUUGAUAAAGACCAUGAACUCCAAUGAUUCCUUUGGUCCUGAAGAUCACAGCGAAUUUAUGUAUUUAGCUUUGAUCACUAUUGCCAUUGGUCUGUUGUUCAUGGUCAUUUUUCAUGUUGGUGUCAGAGAGAAGCCUCGAGAGUGCGUCAAGUUAGGAUGUCAGAAAAAUCGUCGUAAUGCAUGCAACUGGAAGCUUUGGUUUCAUGAGCCAGAAUUUUACAAGAUUGCCGUACUUUACAUGUGUAGCAGAUUGAUUGUCAAUAUAUCCCAAGUGUACACUCCUCAAUUCACUAAACGUACCUUGCAUAAUCAAAAGUACGCUACUGAAACAUUGAGAAAUUGUGGCUAUUGUUCCUCUCAUUGUGUUUGUGAGUGGUUUCUUCACAACAAUUGCAGCCAAACAUUUAAAUGUUUUCAUGGGUCAAAAGGCAACUUACAUUUUUGGUAUGCUUGCAAUCAUCGGGAAUUGCUCCUGGGUGUUUGUUAUGCAAGAAGCACUUAUGAGGUCUAUGGAUAUGCCAUCUUACUUGGUUUUGGUGGAUCAUUAAGUUUGGUAACAUGCUUAGGAAUGCUGGCAUCCCUUAUUGGUGAAAACAAAGAAACAGGUGCAUUUGUUUAUGGGGCAAUGAGCUUUGUUGACAAACUUUCCAAUGGAAUAGCCAUACAAAUCAUUCAGUCUUUCCACAGCACAGCUCACAAGACCAGCUUUUAUAGAUAUGUAAUUAUGUUUGUUCCUGGUGGUGCAGCCAUUCUUGGCUUAAUGGUUGCGCUAAUGUUAAAAAGUAGGAUGGAGCCACUAAUAUCUAAACGAUCCCAUAAUGCCAAUGGUUUUAUACAUAAAGAUGGCUCCAGAGAAGGACUAUUGACUGGAAUCACAGAUUCAAUACAAAAUCACAAUUAUGGCAGCCAUUGUUCAAGUGAAGAUAAAUCUUUGAUCAGGGCUUUUAAAAGCUUAGUCACAGUGUGAUGAAAUGACUGUUGGACCACUUCCUAUGUAACCUUGCAUUGCUUUUUUUAUGAGAUUACCGUUAAAUUACUGGCUACAGUUAGCCAGCUAACAGCAGCUACAAAAGUGUUAUUGACAACUUGACAUUAUCAUAAUCAUCAGCAUACAUGGGCAUUAUAUCUCUCGUGAAAUUUCAAGUGCAUCAAAAACUGCUCAUCUUCGAAAGCAGCAGACAAUUAGAAUUUGCACCAUUCAUGACUUAUUGAUUUCCAAGGAGGCAUAUGUAAACACAAUUGAAAUGAACUUCAUGAUUGAAAUUUGCAAUGAACAAUUGCUGCAAUUCGAAUUUAUUGUCUUCAAUUGCUUUUACAGAUCUUUUGGUAUCAAUUAUUUCAGAAUCAAAUUCUAAACGUCGGCUGAUUUCAAAAAUGUGCAAAUUUUUUGAUACACCCUGUAUUCCGCAGUGAUCCUACUUUUUUACUCUUUGAUGUGACUUAGUGGACAGUCAAUUGAUUUGUUUGACAGCAAUCUUUAUUAAGAAAUGUGAAAUCUAAUUAAGAUAAAAUAAUUAAAUGUUUGCAUUAGCAUUAUGAGCAAAAAAUGGGACCUACAGACGUUACUGCAAGGUUUUCCAAAAUAAGAACAAAAUUGUGAUAUUCAUAUUAAUAAUUAAGUAUUUAAUAUUCCAUGUAUAAUAUAUAGAAUUUUGUAAUUUAAUUUUAUGACAUCAUCGCUUUAAUAGCACCACACAGAGAAGGGGCGAGCGAUGAUGAAUAAAGACUGGGGCCUAAA